AUGUCAACCAUAGAUAGAAAGCCGUGGACUCCCGAAGAAGACAACGCUAUUCGUGAGCUUGUGAUCGAUAUGGGCAUCAAAAAGUGAAGCCAAGUGUCUGCUAUGCUACAGUCAAAGUACAGUAUUCAAAAUAAGACCGGCAAACAAUGCAGGGAAAGAUGGAAUAACCACCUGGACCCAGCCAUCAGCAAAGAACCUUGGUCGGAAAAAGAAGAAGAAAUCAUGGUAGAUUUCCAGAAGAAGUAUGGAAAUUGCUGGUCAGAAAUGGCCAAAGUCCUUCCUGGAAGAACUGAGAACGCGAUUAAAAACAGAUUUUACAGUAAGCUCAGAAAGUGUCUCAGGAGCUACAAUAAAAACCGACCGAAGGGGACAAAGAUCACAGCCUCGAUAAAAACCAUUCUGAAGGAUCCUUAUACGGUGGAAACCCUUUUAAACCAUGGAGCAGAGCAAGUUAUUUGCUUUGCCGCGGACUUUGGUGAAUCUGAUGCCGAAACAACCACUGGAAAUAAUUCGCCAAAGUCCUCCAUGUGUGGAGCAGACUCGCCUAUCCUUUAUAUUAUUAAAUGGGAGUUUUGAUAUUUCUGGAAUGGCUAAGUAUUAUUUGAGGUAAUAAGGUGCUGAUUAUUCAUAUACAAAAGAUAUAAAAAUUGAAAUCCAAGAAGAAAAAAGCGAAGAAAGUGAGGAAAAAUGGAAAAUCAUCGUGCCAAGCAGCACCCAAAUUGGUCAUUCAGGGAGUUUCCAUACGUACCAGAAACCGAACAACUUAAGUACAAGCAUGCCUAAUGUGCCCAAUAUGCAAUACAUGAGCUAUCCUCAGCAAAAUUACUACAAUUAUCAGAGGAUGCUCUGGGCAAAUUACGUAAAUUUACAAUCCAUUAAUCAAUUAUACAAUACCACUGGGCAGUUUAACUUUAACCUGCUCAGGUAG